UAGGCAUUUCAAAAAGAGUUAAUGUGAGAGCGAGUAAGUACCAACCAGAGUUUCCUUCCGACGGAAUCAUCGAGGAGGGUUACCCCCUAAGCCGAAGCGAUUCUUCACUCCGUAUGGAAAAUCCGGCUAAGAAAGUGUUGUUGACUUCCAACGGCGACGGGAUUUCUCGGAACAUCGCUUUCCAUCUAGCCAAACAGGGUUGUCGGCUAGUUCUGAUGGGAAAUGAGGGCUGCCUAAGGAAGAUUGGAGAGAAGAUCAUGGGAUCGAUAGAGGGUGUCUUGCCAGUCGAAGUAAUUGGUAUUGACAUGGAAGCUGAUAACGAGGAAGCUUUCGAUGAGGCAGUUGAGAAGGCCUUCCAGAGGUUGGGCUAUGUGGAUGCUUUCGUCAACUGUUAUGCCUACGAGGGGAAGAUGCAGGACAUUCUGCAAGUCUCUGAAGAUGAAUUCAAGAGAAUCACAAAGAUAAAUCUCAUGGCGCCAUGGUUUCUGGUGAAGGCUGUUGGAAGGAGAAUGAAGGAAAAUGAAGCGGGAGGCUCAAUCGUUCUUAUGGCCACAAUUGCAAGUGCAGAACGAGGGCUCUACCCAGGAGCUGCUGCUUACAGCGCGAGCUCUGCGGGAGUCCAUCAGCUAGUUCGGACAUCAGCGAUGGAGAUGGGGAAGCACAAGGUUAGGGUGAACAUGAUAGCAAGGGGGCUGCACCUGGGUGACGAAUAUCCGAGUUGGGUGGGGAGAGAGCGAGCUGAGAGGAUGGUUAAGGACGCUGCACCGCUGGGGCGGUGGCUCGACCAGCACAAGGAUGUGGUCUCCACUGUUAUAUACCUCAUCAGUGACUCCUCCCGCUUCAUGACUGGCACUUCUGUCUUCGUCGAUGGAGCUCAGUCUCUUGUCAGACCCCGUCUCAAAUCCUUCAUGUGAUUUUUUUCUUCUAUCUUAAACAACUAUGACUUGCAUUGCAUGCAUUCGAAACAUAUUUGCCGUUUACGUCUCUAUAUAUAUAUACAGAGUCAAUAAAAAUCUCGAAUGAGAAAUUUAA